AUGCAACAGGAAACAUUGUACUCAAUAAUCAAACGAUUAUUCGUAAGCCUUCUUUUGAUCACUAUUUCCAGAACAUCUGGUAUCAACAUAAGGACAAGGUUGGGUCAGAUACAGGGAGCUACAGCCGUUGUGAAUAAUGUAAGUGUUCAUCAGUUCCUCAAAAUUCCGUUUGCCAAACCUCCCAUCGGGACACUUCGGUUUCGGAAGCCGGAGCCUUUUGGAAAUUGGAGGGGAACACUUAAAGCCACACAGUUCGGACCGUCAUGCAUGCAGAAUAUCUAUGAUAACGACAAACGUUUGAUUCCAAACCUUAACAUUACCGAGGACUGUCUUCAGCUGAACGUGUUUGUCCCAGGAGAUAUUUACAGACAGCGAAACCUGUCCGUUAUGAUAUGGGUACAUGGAGGGAGUCUCACGAAUUGGCAGGGUACGAUGUUCAAUGGCUCCUACCUUGCUUCUCGAACAAACGUUAUAGUGGUGUCUAUUAAUUACAGACUGAAUGUGUUUGGGUUCCUCUACGCGGGCCUAGACUCCAAUUUUAAGGGACAUUAUGGAUUCUUUGAUCAACAACUGGCUUUUAAAUGGGUGAAGGAUAACAUAGAAGAUUUUGGCGGGAAUUCCAAUAGCAUUACCAUAUUUGGAGAGUCUGCUGGGGGAGUAUCUGUUACUUUACAUAGUAUUAUUCCUAGUAACCUAGGCUUAUUCCAGCGUGUUAUAGCAGAGAGUGGGUCUGUGAUGGUGCCGGCAGAUGUACCCGUCACUGAUACAGAAUCACUAAAUGUGAUGAAACAAACGGCCAAACUUCUGCACUGCUCAAGUUCUAACAUUGAUGAGACAAUGCGUUGUCUACAGUCUAUAAAUGCAUCUUAUUUAAUGGCCAAAUAUUACGAAUCGAUGACCUCAAAUAUUGAGUUUUCAUCUCCUGCUGGGGAGCUCUUCAACCAAUCCCUUUUCAACAGUCUGAAAAAUCGGAAUUCAGCUGCAUUAAAAAUGUUACAGAGUAUAGAUCUAAUGGCAGGUACCAAUAAAGGUGAGGCUGGAUUAGAGUACUUUGAACUGGCUGGUUUCCAAAUGUCCUGGGGUUUUAAUAUCUCCGCGAAUAUCCCAUCAAGAAUUCUUUGCGAACACAUUGCCCCUACCAUAACUGAAGAGUGGUUUAAAACCUGUGAUGACCUUAGUGUUGCAAUAUGCCAUAAGUACUUGAAGACUUUGGCAAAAAAUGUUUCUCUUAUAGAUGAAACACAAGCGGCAGCAAAUUUAUUUGCUGAUUUAGCGAUGAAUUAUCCAACAUUUUACUUACUUCAGUUACAUUCCUACACGAAGAACAAUAACACCUAUCAAUAUUCAUUUGCACACAAACCCACUUGGGAGUUAAUCCAAGACAGACCGGCGUGGCUUCGAGGACCAAACCACGCCUCCGAACUGGCGUUUGUGUUCGGUCUGAAGAACUGGUAUCCGCACACUGUAUCACCAACACCUGCUGAGCUUGAUUUAUCACAUUCGAUGAUGGACUUCUGGUCUAACUUUGCCAAGACCGGGAAUCCCAACACGGGACAAAAAAGUCUUUGGAGAUCAUUCGACAUGAGAGACAAACACUAUCUUUCUCUUGAUAUACCAUUAAAGCCAGGUGUAUCUCUGUAUGAAUCUAGGAUGGACUUCUGGGAUAGAACGAUUCCAAACGUAGUUCAUGCAUGUAGAAGUGGAGAAUAUAUAAUUCCAACCUCAUUGGGGAGAAUUCGCGGGAUCUUAAAAGAAGUGAAUGCUAAGAACAUUUCGAUUUUCAGAAAAGUGCCAUACGCUUUACCUCCUCUAAAUACAUUGAGGUUUGCCAAACCAGUUCCCGUUGGUCCGUGGAAUGGAACUCUAGAUUCAACUGUUUUUGGACCUUCGUGUGUUCAGUUUCUUGACAUAAAUAGCCCAAGGCUUCCUAAUGUUAAUAUGUCUGAGGACUGUCUACAUCUGAACAUCUACGCACCAUUUCCUAUACGGCAGACGUCAAAGAAGGCUGUCAUGAUUUGGAUACACGGGGGCGGAUUCACAGGAGGCCAGGGAACCUCCAUAGAUGGAAGUCAUCUGGCUCUUAAAGGUGACGUCAUAGUCGUAACCAUUAAUUACCGACUAAACAUCUUUGGGUUUUUCAGCACUGGUAGUUCGGACACUUGGGGUAAUUAUGGUUUGUACGACCAACAACUUGCCAUCAAAUGGGUAAAAGAGAAUAUUCUUGCUUUUGGGGGAGAUCCCAACAGGAUAACGUUAUUUGGAGAAUCAGCCGGGGGAGUCUCUACCACUCUACAAGGUGUGAUACCAAGCAACAAAGGAAUGUUUCUGAGAGUUAUUGGAGAGAGUGGAUCUUUUCUUGCUCGGAGAGACUACGAAACAAAGACGCUCGACACCUCUCACCAAGUGAUUGCAAAAAUGUCUUGUCAGAGAUCAUCACAGAAAGAAAUACUGGAUUGUCUUCGCUCAAGGAAAGCCAGUGAUUUAUUAAAGAUUUGGGGAGAAAUUUCUUGGAAUCAGUCGCAUUCUGGUAGCUAUUCACUCACGACGUCCAUCGGCCCAAUUACAGACGGGGAACUCAUUCCAGAAUCUCCCGAUGCUGCAAUGUCAAAUCCUAAUUCAGCGAUGCACAAACAGUUUAACAGUAUUGACCUACUUGUUGGAACCAACACCGCAGAUGCAGGACUUCUUUAUUUUAAUCUAAAACCGUAUGCCUCCAUUUUUAAAUUUAACUUAUCCGAGGGUGUGCCCACGAGAAUAGUUUGUGAUGAAAUGGCGCCUUCAGUUGUAAGAGAAAUUUAUGAGAUUAAUUGUACUGCUUUGGUCACUGCCAUAUGUAAACAGUACACCCCAACCCCACCAGCGACACUCCAAGCUCAAUCUCAGAUGGCUGCAGAUCUUUAUGGAGAUUUUCUGGAGGAUGUACCGACCAUCAAGUCUCUUAUAGCACAUGCCUCGUCAACCAGGUCAACAUUUCAGUACCUGUUUUCACGCAGGCCCGCCUGGGAGGUUAUUGGAGAGCGCCCCGCGUGGCUGAAGGGAGCUAACCACGCAUCGGAAUUGCCCUUUGUAUUUGGACUGAAGACUUUCUAUCCACCAAAUGUGCAAAUAUCACCAGAAGAGCAAGGUCUAGCAGAUCAGAUGAUGAAGUACUGGACAAAUUUUGCUAAAUAUGGUAACCCUGACGUUAACUCCACGGGAAUUUGGAAACCUUACACCGUAAACAGUAGAAAUUACAUCAGGCUUGACCUGAACAUUACCAUGGCGUCAUCCCUGUACAAAGACAGAGUUCACUUCUGGACGGACACUGUUCCUGGGAUUGUAAAGGGUUGUCAAGAGCGAUCUGUUGACGCAGCCUCAUCUAAUCACUAUAACAUUUCAUUUCUCUUAAGAUUUCUAUUUAUAUUUAAUAUCAUAAAUUUAUGUUUCUCAUGAUGAUUAUUUUUUUUAGCAUAAUAAUUGUAUAUCAAAUAUAAUUAUGUAAAAUGUAUAAUUACAGCUUUAACAAUGUUUUCAAUCAUUUCGGUUGACCACAUUUGGUUUCCAUACAGCAUUGUUCUAUGAUCCUUUGUUAUUUUAUAUUAAG